UAAGGGCGGGUCUAGGGGCGGGACACCGUGGCGGAAGUUCGAACGGCUUCGUCGAGGCGUGUCCCUGGACGUGCUCGGGAACACGGGAGCGAGCGGGGCGGCGACGGCGGUGGCCCACCCGACCCUCAGUCUCUGUAAUUGUAGCCUCGGUCACGCAGCCGGGCUGCAGAGCGCUGGCUGGACAUGGGUGAGGAGGCGGGGAGGCGCGCAGACGGCCUCGCGGGCGGUACGUGUCACGUGUGUGGAACAAGUUCGUUGGGCGACGACGCGACGCGGACGCGACGGACGGACGGACGGACGGACGGACGACGGGCUGCAUGAUGAUCGUGAUCGGAUCAUGUGUCGCAUCAUCAUGAUCCGCCUCGCGCUGGACGCACCGCACGUGCAGUAACUGCAGUAAAAUGCAGUAGUGCUACCGCGAUGACUGACUGGCACGCAGGAACAGUGACAAACGAAACGUGGCACUGAGCUGCUCAGCGCGGGCACGAUUGAUGAUAAGCAGCGGCCUCGUGCCAUAUGAUAUUCGUUCAUUCAGUCAUUCAUUCAUUCAGUCAUUCAUUCAUUCAUUCAUCUCACAUGUCACAUCAUGAUCAUGAUGAUGCGUUUCUUUCCUUCCUUUGUUCACCUUUUAUUGUGAACGCGGUUGAAAGGGCCCCAUGGCAUUUGUACCGUUGGGGUGACGAUUCGACACAAAAAGGGUAAAGGUCACGACCCUUGGUGUCAAGGACGUGCUGUGCUGGGGGUCCCGCUGACCGCCCCGGCCUUCGUCCCGUAGCUCCGAGGGACACGGCACGCGGCACGCUCACCGGUUUGGGAUGAGGCUGCGUGCAAAGAGCGGCGUGGGGUCACCGCUUCGCCUUAAGCACGUCUUUGGGCUGUGGGAGGAAACCAGAGCAGCUGGCGCAAACACAUGGGUCGGGGUCGUGUACGUGUCGGCCAGGGAGGGCGACGACGCCGAUGCCGACGGCACCGCGGAGAAGCCCUUCAAGACGCCGCUCAAGGCGUUGAUGUUUGUCGGGAAGGAGCCCUUCCCCACCAUCUAUGUGGACUCGCAGAGGCAGGGAGAGCGCUGGGCGCUCAUCUCCAAGACGCAGAAGAAGAACCUGAAGAAGCAGUGGAACAAGGAGCACGUGAAGAACGAGAGCAGGAGCAAGAAGGAGGCGGAAGAUGCCGAUCGCAGGGAGAAGAACCUGGAGGAGGCGAAGAAGGUUGUCGUCAUGAAGGACCCCGACCUUCCGGAGCCUCAGACGGUGAAAAUCCACCAGCUGGGGUGCCACCGGGAGCAGAGGGUCAAGGUCUUUGGCUGGAUCCACCGUCUUCGCAGGCAAGGGAAGAACCUGAUGUUCGUGGUGCUGCGCGACGGGACCGGCUUCCUGCAGUGCGUCCUCACCGAUGAGCUGUGCCAGUGCUACAGCGCCCUGUUGCUGUCCGCAGAGAGCUCCGUGGUCCUGUACGGGCGCGUGACCCCCGUACCUGCGGGGAAAGAGGCCCCCGGCGGUCACGAGCUGCACUGCGACUUCUGGGAGCCUGUAGGCCUGGCUCCAGCAGGGGGCGCCGACAACCUGCUGAACGAGGAGUCGGACGUGGACGUGCAGCUCAACAACCGGCACAUGAUGAUCCGGGGGGAGAACGUGUCCAAGGUGCUGCGGCUGCGCUCAGCCGUUACCCGCUGCUUCCGCGAGCACUUCUUCAGCCGCGGCUACUGCGAGGUCACUCCGCCCACGCUGGUGCAGACCCAGGUAGAGGGCGGCUCCACCCUCUUCAGCCUCAACUACUUUGGGGAGGUGGCGUACCUGACGCAGUCCUCGCAGCUCUACCUGGAGACGUGCGUCCCCGCCCUGGGGGACUGCUUCUGCAUCGCCCAGUCGUACCGCGCCGAGCGGUCCCGCACCCGCCGCCACCUGGCCGAGUACGCGCACAUCGAAGCCGAAUGCCCGUUCCUCACGUUCGACGAACUGCUGGACCGCCUCGAGGACCUGGUGUGUGACGUGGUGGAGCGCGUGCUGAGGUCGCCCGCCGGGCCCCUGCUCUACGACAUCAAUCCGGAGUUCAAACCCCCCGCGAGGCCGUUCCGCAGGAUGAACUACUGCGACGCCAUCGAGUGGCUCAAGGAGCACGACGUCCGGAAGGAUGACGGCACCUACUACCAGUUCGGGGAGGACAUCCCAGAGGCCCCAGAGAGGAGAAUGACUGACACGCUGAACGAACCCGUGCUGCUCUGUCGUUUCCCGGCUGAGAUCAAGUCCUUCUACAUGCAGCGCUGCCCGGAAGACCGGCGGCUCACCGAGUCGGUGGACUUGCUGAUGCCGAACGUCGGCGAGAUUGUAGGGGGUUCAAUGCGUGUCUGGGAUGCCAAAGAGCUCAUGGAGGGAUAUGAACGGGAGGGCAUCGACCCAACACCCUAUUACUGGUACACAGACCAGCGCAAGUAUGGCACCUGUCCACACGGCGGCUACGGCCUCGGCCUCGAGAGGUUCCUCACCUGGCUGCUGAACCGCCACCACAUCCGGGACGUGUGCCUCUACCCCCGCUUCAUCCAGCGCUGUCGCCCCUGAGUGCCGUCGCGCCCCUCGAACCUGUGACCCGGGCGCCCGCUGCUUCUCACCCCCACAGUGUGUCUGCGUGUCUGCUGAAGGGACCACGACCGCCGCCUGGGGGUGGGCCCUCUUUCCCACAAUGCACCACCUUUGGAGAUGAACGACAGUCCAGCGCUGCUGUUUGGACCUGGAGCCGACAGCGUUCAGCGCCGUUCAGUAACGACGCCCCUGCUCUUACCGCUACCUGUUCAGCCGUUUAUUGUUUUAGCUGUAAAUGCUGUUGGUUAAUGUCAUAUUUAUUUAUUUGUUUGUUGCUGUAGAGACGUGUUUGGGGGGGAGGUCAGGAAUGCCACCGUUUACCUCUGUAUUUUGGAUCCUUCACAUCCCCACAAGUGAACGGUUUGCUGUGCGUGCUGAGGGGGGUGUGUGACGUCCCACGAGACACACCGUGCAUGCGCUACUCCCCUGCGGUCACUGCUGCUCCUUGGUCGCUUGGGGGCGGAGCCCUGCUCUCAUAACAAUAAAAUGAAUAAAUGACCAAAAA